AUGGAGGGCUCCAAGGAGCUGGAGAGCAGCAUCCUGACACAGCCCUGGGCUUCUGUUUGCUUUGGCGAGUCCACUUUCCUUGCUAAAGCGUGCUUCAGGGACACUGGCUACAUCCUGCUGAUCUCCGACCUCAGCAGUGUCUGGUACGAGAGUACAGACACCGAAGCUGUGGAACAGAGGUCCAAGGAGCUGAACAAGCGGCUGACUGUCUCUGUGUCCUCCUUCCUGCAACGCUUGAGCAACCUGAUGUGCCCCUUGCUGGCAGGUGAGCCAAACACCAUCACCUCUUUCUCCUGCCACCACACUGCCAGAGGUCUCAGUCUGCAUGUCAAGAGCGAGCUCUCGGGACUGCCCUUCUACUGGGACUUCCACUGCUACCCUGCUCCUGUGGAGAUGGUGUCCCGUCACCUUGUGCGGCCCCUGAUUCGAAUGUGCCUGGCGCUGCAGUGCCAGGCGCAAGAGCUGACCUCCCUCCUGCUCCAGAAGGAUGCUGAGAUCGAGGACUACAGGGAGAGCGGGGCCACUCUCAGCAGAGACCGCCUGCGGACAGAGCCCUUUAAGAAGGAGAUGUUUCAACAGAACUUCAUGGCUGAGACCCUGCUCCAGAUCUGCAGUGCAGGAGAAGGGCAGGUGUUCGCCUCCACUCUGCAGCAGCUCUACACAGUGGUGGCGCAGCAGGAAACCAAGCAGGCUCGGAAACGGCAGCACUCAGGUGAGGAGCUCCAGGAUGCUGAGGGCCCGGCACCCACUGCAGAAAACACAGAGCACCCCCAACCACCAACUCUGUCCCAGGAGGAUGAAACAGCAUCUUCCAGUGCAGGAACCACGCCAGCCUCCUCCCCCGCUCAGAAGCCCCGGCUGCCUGUGGCAAAGGCCAAGCUGAAGAAGGCAAAGGGGCUCUUCAGCUGA